GCUACCUGUUUAGCCUUGCGAUACAGUGGUCGAUGUGCAGCAUUUCAAAUCGAUCAGCGAUGGCGGCAUUCUCGAUCCGGACGAUAAAGUUACGGCGGUCUUGGAAGACAAGGAACAGGUGGUAGCCACGUUCAAAGAAAAUGAUCAUCUCCAUUGUUCUAACAUUGCAAAUGGCGUUGUCAAUUCUACCGCUGGUAUUGGAGGUAGUGUGUCGCAUCCGAGUAACGUUUGUUCAAAAAUCGUUUCCUCAUCCACUGAUUCUGUGCGUCAUCGCGUCAGUUCCAUUGGUGCCGCUUGCAGCCAAAGCAACGUCGUGCGUGUGAACGCCAGAGAGACCGCGAAGACUGCGCACCGACCGACCACCGAUGACCGUGUCUACUGCACGACCAUCAUUCACAUCAAGAAUGAUGAAAACUCGGUCGCCGUUCAUGACUUGUCCAUCCUCCCUCCCUCUGGCUCUUUGAUGGUACGCAGAGGCUCGGACCCGUCGUUGUCUUGCAACGAUAAACCUGGCAAACAGAAAUAUGGCGUUUCAUCCGGUGAAGCAUCUGUCAAAGAGACGGCUGGUGGUUUCUCGACGGAUCGCGGCAGCGUCGCCCCGGUGAUCAGCAAAAGCAUUGAUCUUGUAUGUUGCACCUGUCUUUUGUGUUGUAUUUUGAUACCUUUUCUGCAUUCCACCUACUCGCAUGCUAACCUUCUUUUCCAAAAGGAUACGGCGGCGGAUAAAAAUGGCCAUCUGUCCAAGAAGCUUCCUGCCGGCAGCCGUGCUGUUAAUAAUCGAUUCUUCCGGAGCUCUCUACGGAAGUCGCGCCUGACCGAAAAGUGGCUGGAAAUCGCCGCCGAAACCAGCAGCGAGUAUUACGUGAAGUACGGAAACGCACCGGCACACGCCAGUGGUUUGCCAAGGCCACUUGUUGCCUCUUCUAGUUCCGCUGUUGGACUGAAACAGGAACAUGAAUUCAGUGUUUCCCCAUGUGAUCUCUGGCGCCCUGUUGGGAUCGACUUCGAAACUAUGUUGGACACCAGCGGAAGAGUUUGUCGGGUAAUCGCCAAUGGUCGAUUCGGUCUUGAUAAUCAAAUAAUUGCCGGGGACGAACUGACAGAGUUGAACGGUCUACGCGUGGCAUCGUUUGACACGUUCGAAGGAGUGACAUCAUUUGUUAAUCACUUACCGAACAAUGAACCGUUGUCGGUGAAACUUCUUCGUUACGUGAGCAACGCCGGGUCGCACGAAUUGAACCCGACCGCCGUAGAGCAGCAGGGCGCUUCUGGUCUGGCUUCUUCGAAGGGUUCCGAGACAUGUCUCUCCGCCUUGCAAAAGGGAAAUACACGAAAGCUUGGCAAGCAAAUCACUGUAAAACUGCUGAAGACUGAGGACGGCCUCGGCUUUACACUUACUAGCAGAGAUUUCGCUUCCGCUGAAGGGGUGGAAUCUCCCGUAUGCAUAAAGAACAUUUUACCUCGUGGCUCGGCGAUCAAAGAUGGUCGUCUUCGGGCUGACUUUUUAUACUUGAAGGUGGACGGAAAGCCAGUCGAAGGUCUGACGCAACCUGAAGUAGUGAAAUUGCUGCGUUCAAUCGAAAAAGGUCGUUACGUAGAGCUGCUUGUAUCUCGGCAGGAGUCAUGCAACUCUCCGUCCAUCUUGCCGCGACACCUGGUAAGAAGCCGCACCAGAGACUGUCCCCCUGAGAUCAACGGCAAUGACACGAAAUACGAACGACCCAAAAGGAUUCUUCUCUUUGACAUUCCGUUAAACGACAGUGGCAGUGCCGGCUUGGGUAUCAGUGUCAAAGGUCGCGUUACGUCUAAUGCCACUAAUACUGAAAACGUCAAUCCAUCUGACCUGGGCAUUUUUAUAAAAUCGGUCCUCCAUGGAGGCGCUGCGUAUAAGGUAGGUACCUACGUUUACUUCCCUACUACUUACGAUGGUCGCCUAAAAGUGGAUGACCAGCUGAUAGCGGUGAACGAAUGCAGUUUGGAAGGCAUGUCCAAUCAAGACGCGUUGAACCAGCUGCGUUACACAAUGAAGUCGUUAGACCCCUAUGCCGACUCGAUCAAACUCACCGUCAUUCGCCGCGCAAUGGAGUGUGGCGACUUCAAAGAGGUGAAUGGCAUACACUGGUCAAAUCGAUCGAUGGGAUCUCCGGACGGCGCUGACAGUCUGAUGUUGGAGGCGCCUUGCGGAACAGGCGGGGAUGCUGGUGUAGCCGAGAUGGCGCGGACCGUGACAUUUUCUGGCAGCGUUGAAGGCGGCUAUUGCAAUCGUGGUUUUUCUAUUGACAUCCAACCCAAGCGCAGAUCAUCAAUGAAAGCAUGCCGUGGUGGCAUGGAUGACAGACGAGAAAGCGGCGUCGAAGAACAUUCCAUUACGUUAGAUGACGACGGUGACGAUAGGCAAAAUUCCAGAUCUGAACAUCAGUCUGAUGCAUUCGAUCGUGAAGCCCCGACUCGUCAGAGUAUGUCCGAGAAACGUCGAACAGCCAUUCGUAGUGCUGAUGUUAGCGACAUCCAACUUUACCAGAAAAUCAGGCACACGAGACAGUAUAGCGCACCUCCGGCGGCGAACAAGAACGCGACUGUGUCAUCAAUAGCUGGUGGCGACGGUGAGGCAUCAAGGAACCCACCAGCAGCCGCCAUGAUGUCCAGGGGUUCGGGCCUCAGUCGUCGUCUGUCGAUUUCUUUGGAGAGCUUUGUGGACACGAUAGGCCCUGCUUCUGCCGGGGGCAGCGACGCUGUGCUCAUCCACGAGCAGGUGGCGCACAACUUGAAGAAACCGGCAAAGAAUUCCGCGUUGUUGAAGUCUCCGGUAUGGUGUCGUGCGAAAAUGCGACGCGCCACGUUCGUGCAGGGCUCAUCGAAGAGUACCGACUUGGGUAUAGCAGCGAUGGCUGUUUCUCCGAUGGAUGAAUUCGCAAAGCACGGCGAAACACGAGGUGAUAUUUACGUUGGUUCGUCAGCAUCGACGUCUGACCAACUUUGCGACCUGCCGGCUAACAGCAUCAUCGGCGAACAGCGUAAUAAGGGUCGGCGAAAGUCGUCCAGCAGUAGUCUUGCAUCUUUGAAAAAUCUGUUGCGUUUCGGCAGCGGUGGCAAGGCCAAUAAACCUGUCAAAUUUGCGGUCAGCACUCAGAAGUACACCGAACACCCCUUCGAGAACUUUACAUCCUUCGUGCGGCCGGAUCUAGCUAAUAACGCGAACGGUUUGGAUUCGGGACUGAAGAAGCAAAAUCGUGGUAGUAAAGAGGGUUCCCGUGGAUUCGCUCAGCGUCCUUCUUCUGAAUUAAUGACGGAUUCUGACCCUGAAAGGAACAGCCGAUCUGACGUGAUGCGCAGGGACCUCAAUGACGAGGAAAAAGGCAGUGCCAGCCAACGGCCGACUAUGUACCCUCCUCCGCCGGACUAUGACUAUUAUUUACGGUCGAAGACGUUCGAGAAGUACAAGAAGCGAAAUCGGCCUUUUUCCGACUAUGCCGAUAUUUGCGCCUCUGGUUCGACGGUGGACAAACUUGUCCCUCUCGCCCCGCCGCCUCCUCAUCAUGCUCACAAUGCCAUUCCGACCGCAACAGUGGUAGGCAGUUACGUGACGCGGUUGUGA